GCCAUCUGGCCUCCACACAAUCCAGCCAGGUGUCAUCGGUCCCCUGGAUUCUGCCCCUGAGCCAAACAGUGUCCCUCGAGGUCAGCGACAGCUUCUGCUGAGUUCACUGCAGUCCAACUGGCUCCUUACCCGCCGCCAUUAUGAACAUCCGCAACGCUCGGCCCGGCGACCUGAUGAACAUGCAGCACUGCAACCUCCUUUGCCUUCCUGAGAACUACCAGAUGAAAUACUAUUUAUAUCAUGGCCUUUCCUGGCCCCAGCUUUCUUACAUCGCUGAGGAUGAGGACGGGAAGAUUGUGGGCUACGUCCUGGCCAAAAUGGAGGAGGACCCAGAUGAUGUCCCGCAUGGCCAUAUCACCUCACUGGCCGUGAAGCGCUCACACCGGCGCCUCGGCCUGGCCCAGAAGCUGAUGGACCAGGCCUCCAGGGCCAUGAUAGAGAACUUUAACGCCAAAUACGUGUCUUUGCAUGUCAGGAAGAGUAACCGGGCAGCCUUGCACCUCUAUUCUAACACCCUCAACUUUCAGGUUAGUGAGGUGGAACCUAAAUACUAUGCAGAUGGGGAAGAUGCUUAUGCUAUGAAGCGGGAUCUCUCGCAGAUGGAAGAUGAGCUGAGACGACCAGUGGAGCUGAAGAAGGGCGAGUACGUGAUCCUGGGCUCCAGGGAGAACCAGGAGACCCAGGGCUGCACAGUUUCUGGCUUUGAAGAGGCCUGUCAGCAAAAGAACCCAGCUACCGAAGAUAGUGGCAGUGACUGCAAAGAACCUAACGAGUCUGUGGAGAGCACCGAAGUCCAGGACAGCUCAGAAAACUCAGAUUCUACCUCCUAGAGCAUGCUUAAGCAUUGCAGGUCCUCAUGUCUCAACCACAGCUACCCUGUGAACUCUGGCUUAGUCUGUCUGCUCUGCAGCAUCUACUGUGGGGAUCAUCUCACAGUGACCAGAAUGGCUUCUCACUCUCAACUCUUAAACAACCACCUUUCACAUACCCUGCUGGGAUCAUGAAGGAAUAUCUGGACACAAGAGCUGCUGCACAAGAGCCGAGGAAGUUUGAGACCUGCCAUUAUAGAACCUUUCUUGGCCUACUCAUACCACGCUGCCAUUUUAUUCUGUUUGUAGUUGUCCUGUGUUGGAUGUGGUUAUCCUGCAAGGAGGUUUUCUCCUUUUAGAAUGUUGAACAGGAAGCAGGGCAAACUUAAAACUUUCCAGCUUUCAGUUUUUGCUAUUAUUUACCUGGGUUUUCAUCCUUGAGGAGAUAGUCAGGACCAUGGAGUCAGACCUCAUGCCUCUGACUCCUCUUUCCUGGAAGAAGUAUUAUGUUUCCUUUUCCUUUCUCUGGGAACUCCUCCUUUGUACUAUUCUGCCACCCUCUCCCACCCCCCUUUUUUUUUUUUUUUUGAGGAAAAGGGCAUCACCUUCCCAGUGGGAAAAGGUGUUAUGUUAGGGGCUUCUGCUGUACAAUCAGAACUUGGAGAUUUUAAGAAAAGGACAAAUGGUAAUUAAAUUGGAAUCUCUAA